AUGUCUCAUCCACACUCUCCCCACUCAUCAUUUCCUUCACUCGCAGUCGAACUCGUCGAGCUCAUCGCGGGCUAUUUGGAAUGUGAUGGAUUACUGGGAUUGCGCCUGACAUGUCGUGAUCUGCAGAAGAAGACCUUCAACCACUUUGCGCGCCGCUUCUUCUCGUCUAUCAAAACGGAUCUUUCCGAAGAGAGUCUCGGUCGCAUCGAUGCGCUUUCUCGGCAUGAAGAACUCCGCCCAUACGUCCAGGGUCUCGCCUUUAUGCUGCAAAACGGCGUUGGUCGCGGGCUAGUUUGGGACCGAUAUCCCUGGGGUGCCUUGUCUGCGCCCCUGGAGAUCGAAGCGAUCGGUCGGUUACGCGAUAAUCUUGUCAACAAGUUCACAAACUGUCGAUCAUUUUUCAUUUUCUGUCGAUAUCCCGAGGGUCAUCCUGAUAUGAGCUGUGUCACUAUCUCGGAUGCGGUCGCGGUGUUCUUUGCGAUGGUCGUUGAUGCGCAAUUACCUGUAACAUCCUUCCAUUUAAUCUAUGCGAAUAAAUACUCUCGCACGUUGGUCAUGGAUAUGCGUCGCAUGCCGAAACUUCUAUAUCGGCAGCCAGAGUUUAAGAUGGUCUGGUCGAAUCUGCAGAAAUUAUCCCUGGAGCAAUAUCUCACUCUUGAUAAUUUCGGAUUCCUCCUCGAACUCGUCCUCAGUGCUCCUAAUCUCCAGACUCUUUUAUUGAACCUUGGCUCUCACGAUCUGGCAAGCGAAUUCAUGCAUGAACUAGCGGAGACAGCCUCAUUACCGCACUUGCAGGAACUGGCGUUAUUCAGGACUUCAGUGCAAGUGCCGGACCUUAAGAAACUGCUUCACGGCCUGCGCGGAAGUCUAACAACGCUGACGCUAUACCAUGUAUCUUUGACGCCGGAUCAAGAUUGGAUGUCCGUUCUGAAAGAGCUGAGCCAGAGUUUCGAGUCUUUGCAGAGCAUCUCGCUGUAUUAUUUGUGGGCUACUGCCCCGACGAAAGAGUUGCUUUCGUUCCCGGAUAUUCAUAAAGCACCUGAGCUGUGUGAUACGCCUAAGCAGAAACUGCAUAUGCUCUACUCGGAGAAUGUGCAGAGUCCUACUGUGCUUGGGAUUGAAUACUCUGGCUCGAAAAUGGAGCAUGUCCUGAGGUUGUUACAGGCCGCGACGUGA